GCUCGGCGUUUCUCUUGUUUCCUGCACAGCUGCACCUUGGAACAAUUUUAUCAGAAAAUGAGUGUCACAACAGAAGGUUCAGAAGAAAUGUUCGUUCAAGUGUAAAAUUAACCAAAUCUGCACGAAAAUUGAUGAAAUACUAAUGCAAAAUCAAAAUCAAACCAUUAUAAAAAUUACUCUUCCUGAGCUAGAUGAAAGUAAUGUAUAUGUACAACAGGCGAUAUUUGAUAAAUACGAUGCUGAAAAGAUUGAGAAGGACUUGUUCAUCAAAAUUGACGGAGGGCAUAAAACAGAAAUCCAAGCCCAUUUGACGUUUUCAGGCAAGGUGCAUAAUCGAACUUGGUACGUAGCACCAGGUACAUCAUGCAUGAUGAUGGGAAAUAAAUAUAAGCCAGAUGUUGGCAUCUGGCUUAUUAGGCCAACUCAUGCACAAUUGCAUAAACCAUUCGUUAACGCAUGUCCUCCGCCUGACGUGUAUAUUGAGGUGUUUUAUAAUCGUGACCCUGAUCGUGGAUUCGCGCUUGAAAAACUUGCUGUGAUUCAGCAAAAUAAUCUUGGGAUAGAGUUUAUUGGAAUCGCAUUGCUCGAUGGUCAAGCUCCCUUCCCUCAAAAUCCGAAUCCCGGAGUAGCAUCGGUCCCUUCUACUCCUGUAAAUCCUCCAAAUGUUAGACCCCCUCGUGCGCCCUAUUUUGUUUACUGGAAUGGUACCAAUUUGGUUUACUAUAAAAUAGAUUGGAACGAACAUUUGGUGUUACUAUGUGGAUGGACAAUGGAGCUAAAUAUUGUACUUGAUACGAUUUCUAUGCCAUGAUCUCAUGAAUGAAGUUAUUAUGGUGUGCAUGAAUAUGAUUAUGAAGAUUUAAAAUAAUUAUAUUUUUUUCAUAAAUGAAUAGACAAUAGAUUAUUAUACAUUGCAAGUUAUACAAAAUAAAAAUUCUAUGCAUAUGCGUGCUUGUAAAUUCUGCAGAACGAACGAUCCCUAUUAUUAUUAUUACCAUUUUAUAACAGUUUCGACUAUAAUAAAUUUAUCAUAGAAACUAGGGUGACGUCAGGAAUCAAGUUGGCACGACUUUUAAUAUUUUUUCAGUUAAUAUGUAUUUAUUGUGAGUUGUGUAUUUAUGUUUUUGUUUGUAAUAAUAUAGAAUAUAUUAAAGAAAAAGAAUCUGUUUAUAGAUUUUUUUCGCUU